AUGCAGCGGCUGUUGACUCCAGUGAGGCAGGUGUUGCAAGUGAAGAGAGUGAUGCAAGAAGCUUCCCUCCUGCCUGCCCGCCUUCUCCCCGCAGCCCACCCCAGUUUUUCUACAGUUCCGGCUGUCCCCUUGGCCAAAACAGAUACUUGGCCAAAGGAUGUGGGUAUUCUUGCCAUGGAGGUCUACUUUCCAGCCCAAUAUGUGGACCAAACAGAGCUGGAGAAGUUCAACAAGGUGGAGGCAGGGAGGUACACCGUGGGCUUGGGCCAGACCCAGAUGGGCUUCUGCUCAGUCCAGGAGGAUGUCAAUUCCCUGUGCCUGACGGUGGUGCAACAGCUGAUGGAGCGCACGCAGCUCCCCUGGGACUCUGUGGGCCGCCUGGAAGUGGGCACUGAGACCAUCAUCGAUAAGUCCAAGGCUGUCAAAACAGUGCUCAUGGAGCUCUUCCAGGAUUCAGGCAACACUGACAUUGAGGGCAUAGAUACCACCAAUGCCUGCUACGGUGGCACUGCCUCCCUCUUCAAUGCUGCCAACUGGAUGGAAUCCAGCUCCUGGGAUGGUCGCUACGCACUGGUGGUCUGUGGGGACAUCGCCGUCUACCCCAGUGGUAAUGCUCGCCCCACAGGCGGGGCUGGAGCUGUGGCAAUGCUGGUUGGGCCCGAGGCCCCUCUGGUCCUCGAGAGAGGGCUUAGAGGAACCCACAUGGAGAACGUGUACGACUUCUACAAACCAGAUGUGACUUCAGAGUACCCACUGGUGGAUGGGAAGCUCUCCAUCCAGUGCUACUUACGGGCCCUGGACAAAUGUUACGCAUUUUACCGUCAAAAGAUCGAGAAACAGUGGAAGCAAGCUGGCAUCGAUCGGCCUUUCACUCUCGAUGAUGUGCAGUAUAUGAUUUUUCACACGCCUUUCUGCAAGUUAGUCCAGAAAUCCCUGGCCCGCCUGAUGUUCAAUGACUUCCUGUUGGCCAGUGGUGACACACAGACUGGCAUCUACAAGGGGUUGGAGGCCUUCAGGGGACUAAAGCUGGAAGACACCUACACCAAUAAGGAGGUAGAUAAAGCAUUUCUAAAAGCCUCCCUGAACAUGUUCAAUAAGAAAACCAAGAACUCCCUCUACCUCUCCACGUACAACGGGAAUAUGUACACCUCAUCCCUGUAUGGAUGCCUGGCCUCACUUCUGGCCCAUCACUCUGCCCAAGACUUGGCUGGCUCCAGGAUCGGUGCCUUCUCUUAUGGCUCUGGUUUGGCAGCAAGUUUCUUUUCUUUCCGGGUGUCCCAGGAUGCUUCUCUGGGCUCCCCGCUGGAGAAGCUGGUAUCCAGUACAUCAGACCUGCAGAAACGUCUUGCCUCCCGGAAGCGUGUGUCUCCUGAGGAGUUCACAGAAAUAAUGAACCAAAGAGAACAAUACUACCACAAGAUGAAUUUCUCACCACCUGGUGAUAAGAACAGCCUUUUCCCAGGCACUUGGUACCUGGAGCGAGUGGAUGAGCUAUAUCGCCGAAAGUACGCCCGGCGUCCCGUCUAA